AUGACAGACUCCACACCAUCAAACAAGAAGCUCCAUGGCAGGGUGGCCAUUAUCACCGGAGGUGCAAGUGGCAUGGGCGAGGCCACGGCACGCCACUUCGCCGCUCACGGCGCAAAAACCAUCGUCAUCGCCGACGUCCAAGACGAGAAGGGCCAAACCGUCGCUCUAUCAAUCGGCUCCAACAUCUGCACCUACGUUCGUUGCGAUGUCACUGACGAGGAACAGGUUAAAACAUUGGUAGACACCACAGUGAAAGCGCACGGACGCUUGGACAUCAUGUUCAGCAACGCGGGCAUGGGGAGAGCGACUCACACGUGCGAGCAGAGCGUGUUGGACGUGGACUUGUCGGCUUACGACAAGGUCAUGGCGGUGAACGCGCGUGGAAUGGUGGCGUGCGUGAAGCACGCAGCGAAGGCGAUGGUUGAAGGGCGCGUGAGGGGGAGCAUUGUUUGCACGGCGAGCGUGGCGGCGACUAUGGGCGGCGACAAGUUUGUGGACUACGUGAUGUCGAAGCAUGCGGUGCUGGGGUUGGUGAGGUCUGCGAGCUUGCAGCUGGGGGCUUAUGGGAUACGAGUGAAUUGUGUUUCACCAGGGGCUGUUGGGACACCACUGCUCAAAGACAUGUUUGGGGUUGAAGAUGAAGAGGCAGAAAAGGUGUACGAGUCGAGUGCCGUCUUGAAAGGUGGGGUGAUGGCACCCAGAAAUGUGUUCGACGUUGUGGUGUUUCUUGCUUCUGAGGAUUCGGAGUUUGUCACUGGGCAUAAUUUUGUGGUGGACAGUGGGUUUAGUCUCAAAGUUGGCCAAUGA